UACUCUUCGGAGCUUUUUUUAUCUUAGCUUCUACCUCUAGGGAUGGUUUAUACUAACUUUACCUUUCAACUUUAAUUAUAGUUCGGUACCACGAGGCCGAAAUUUAUCAAGUUCAGCAAUGGUGGUACGGGAGAUUACUUUGAUCCCUAUUUUGAGACUUUCAUAGAUACCAACGGCAAAGCCAAGCUAAUUUCUCGGCGGCUCCCGGACGGAGUGCCCCCGGAGUUGAACGACCAGGUAAUGAGGAUCAAGAGUAUGUGCUACUGGAUGGAUGAAAGUAUUUUUGGAUUGAAGGUUUCCAGCUUCCUGAAUCGCCUGUUCGGUGCCAGGGAAAGUGCUGAAAUCCAGAGAGACUAUACCAAUGAGAACUUGAACCAGAUAGACGGAGAAACCGCAAUUGAGGCCAGAGCCAAUGGUGUGAGUGCCCACAACCCAUCUGUCACGGCUUACAAGUCUAGAAGAGUUGGGUUCGGUUUUGGCCCAUUGCUUCAAAUCGUUCCCUUCAUCGGCAACUACGUUGUUUUGACGAUCAACAUGUGGAUUUUCUGUUGUAUGGUGACGCUUGGACUUGGGCUCGACGUUAGCUGGAACAAGGGCCACGUGAAAGUCAGAAGAAACCCAGAGCAGCAUUUUUUGGGGUUGAAGGAUAUGGGUACUAUGAUUUUUAACAUCGUGGUUGACUUUGGAAUUGGGUUCAUCCCAUUUGUUGGGAUGUUUGUCAUGAUCAUCCACAGAAGUAGCAGCAGGAACUUGACCGUCUUCUGGAAGUCCCUUGAUAAGAAGUAUGCUGCGAAACCGAAGGGGAUAUGAUAAGUUACGAGACGAGGCUUUUAGCGGAAAACAAGUAAAUUUUUACUGAUCGAUGUAUCUUACAUAGGAAAAUAAAGCAACAGUGA